UACGUUUUUUUUAUCAAUAUUUUCUACCAUUCGAAACAGAAAACACCAAGGUGAAGAGUUGUGACGACCCGCAUGAAGAAAACUCUAGAUGAUCCUGUAGUGAUCUUCCAGUACCUAACGAGUGUCGAUGGCGUGUGGACGCUGGGUCUCGGUCUGAGUUAUCAGUGUCUAAUUAAUGGUUUUGGAUUUUUUUUGUGAUCCUAAGAUGGGGAUGAAGAGCAGGAAUUAUGAAUUUACGACGAUUUUUUUACUUCUCGAGUUGUUCUUCCUGUCGCAGGGGUUUGAAUAUAACAGAGUCUCGGAUUUGGUAAAAGUUCGGAGACGAGCAGAUGCUGGAGAUGCUGAAUUCUAUGCUGUGAAUUUUCUAGGAAUAGUUGAAGAACAAGGACGACAGGCCGAGCAUUACAACGUCACCACGGAGGACGGCUACAUCCUGGGGCUAUUUCAUCUUCCUCCGAACCCAAAGAUCCCGAAAACUGGAAAGAAUCGAGUAAUAUUUCUGCAUCCGGGAUUAGCGGCAUCCGCCGACUGCUUCGUGAUCUUCGGGGCCGAGAGGAGUCUCGCACACCUUCUGUCGAACGCGGGGUAUGACGUGUGGGUGGGAAAUGUGAGGGGAGGUACAUACAGUCGUGCUCACAAAACUUUGAAACCUACGCAAGCCGAUUUCUGGGAUUUCAGUAUCGACGAUUUUGGUCUUCGGGACGUACCAGCCAUGAUCGAUCGCGUCCUAGAAAUAACAGGGGAGUCCUCCCUGUCUUACGUGGGCCAUUCCUUGGGGACUACAACAGUCAUGAUGUUAUUGUCAGCAAAGCCGGAGUACAACAAAAAAAUCGACCUGCUCUUUCUUUUUGCACCGAUCGUGUAUUGGAAAGCGAUGACACCGUUGAGAAUGAUUCUUCCCGCUGCCGGACAAUUUAUCCAGAAUCUUCUGGACCCCAGAGGAGCCACGGAGCUGGUGCCCCAGGGCUCAGCAUUCCCAGCGCUUUUCAAAAGAGUCUGCAUACCUAAUAACAUUUUGGAUCUUUGUUAUCUUCCGUUAGAUAUAUUACUUGGAGCUAGUAAUCCAGAACAAGUGAACAAAGUAGCUCUCAUUGAUUACCUGACAUAUUACCCUGCCGGUUCAUCCGCCAAGUCAUUUUAUCAGUAUCGCCAGCACGCGCAGAGUGGAAAAUUUAAAAUGUACGACUACGAAAAUCCAGAGGUGAAUCUCAAGUACUACGGCCAGACGAGCCCUCCGGACUACAAUACCAUGAACAUAAAAGUCCCGAUGGUGAUAUUCCGGGCCCAGAAUGAUCCCCUCUGCACACCACUUGACAUAAAAUCGCUAUUAUCCCACCUUCCUCGUAACAUUUCAUAUCUGUACGAAGUUGUUCCAUACAGAGACUUUAAUCACCUGGACUUUGUGACCGCCAAGGACGUCAAGACUCUGGUGUACGAUCGACUGCUGGAGAUCCUCAAGGGAUUCCACCGCGAUAAAUACGCAAAUCGGGAUGACAAUAGAAUAAAUUAGAGAUGAAUUUUUUAGAAUAGGGUAGAUCAUAGCAAA